AUGGCAGGACACGUCAAGAAGGAAGAGGCUACACCCCAGCAGAACUCUACCCUGAUCCUUCAAGGAGAAGCCAACUUCUCAUCAUGGCUCCAUUCUCUCCUCUGCCACAUCAGUCCGGCAAAGUUGAAGAUCCUGAUGGAAGAUGAGCCACGGCAUGAUAUGUUCCCGUACGAUCCUCCCCUCCACCACACCUUGCAAGACACCGAUUCCAUUGCGCACGAUCCAAUACUGUCGAGACAAAAUACUACGAAGCCAGUCGCCAGUCUGAUCCACAUGCUCGAUGAAACAAGAUCCAAAGAACGAGAAGAAGCCUUCUCGGCCCUUUGGGCUACACUCGGCGACGAGGCCAAAGACCUCAUACGAAACACCAGCAGCCCUUGCAGGGCAUUUACGAAGCUCCAUUUGUUUUACAGUAAGCCGAGGCACUUUUCCGUCGCCGCUCGGUGGGCAGCAUGGACCAGCGUACAUUAUACAGCCGGUCUCUCUCCUGGCGAAUUUCUUCGGUGCUUCGGAAAGAAUCUUCGAGAGCUGGAAGAUAUCAACGGAGAGAUUGAUGCCAAGAUAGUAUUUGCACAAUUUAUGCGCGCUGUCGCAAAUAAUGGUCCUAUCUCGGAUUUCCUCAUUCGGAUGGAGAUCGACCUGGAUGAUCCAAAAUUGAUGGAGCAGGUGUGUUCCGCUUUUGUGCGACAAGCCAUGAAGGUGUCUCCUUCUUGGGCUCCUCCAGCCAAGCCCAAGUUUUGUUACCGGGGCGGAGGGAAGAAGGGACCUAGAGAAGGGUCAGUAUACUGCCCGUUUCAUAAGCGCAUGGUGACCCAUUCCCCCUCGGAAUGUCGACUCGGCCAGAGAAGUGCACAUGGAUCGGCGAAUGACACUGUGCAAGCCCGUGGACGACAAAGCAAUCGUUUGUGUCGUAAGAGACCUCGAGGGGAAUCUUUUGCACCCUCUCAGGGCUCCAACUUCAAAAAUCACACAAGCAAGCGCAAGUGA